GCAACACGGAGUUGAAGUGAGAUUAAUAUUAUUUUCUGUGAGCUACAUAGUGGUACAUACAUAGCCUCUGCUUAAUAUACUUCACUGUGUGUACGUAGGAUUUUUAGAUAACAGUAGUGUAGGUCGAAAUUAGUGAACGUGGGGCGCAAAAAUGCCUCUUUUCGGUAAAAAAGAUUUCGGAAGGAAAUCUAAAAAAGAUGGAAAAGACUCUGAAAAGCAACCGUCUAUUGAAGACAAAUACAUUGUAAAGGACCUUUUGGGUACGGGGGCCUUUUCUGAGGUGCGUUUGAUAGAGAGCAAAGAAAAAAGCGGCCAGCUGUUUGCUUGCAAAAUCAUUGAUAAAAAAGCCCUUAAAGGUAAAGAAGAUUCCCUUGAAAAUGAAAUUAGGGUAUUAAAGCGAUUUAGUGAACAAGGUAAGGGUGAAGGUGGGGAAAAGAAAGUUUUUUCUCAUCCGAAUAUAGUACAGCUACUCGAAACAUACGAGGACAAAAAUAAAGUUUACCUUGUCAUGGAGCUAGUAACAGGUGGUGAAUUAUUUGAUAGAAUUGUUGAAAAGGGUUCCUAUACUGAAAAAGAUGCGUCCAAUUUGAUUAGACAGGUGUUGGAAGCUGUUGAUUAUAUGCAUUCUCAGGGAGUUGUGCACAGAGAUUUGAAGCCUGAAAAUCUUCUCUACUACAGCACUGAGGAAGACAGUAAGAUAAUGAUUAGUGAUUUUGGGUUAUCUAAGAUUGAGGAUUCUGGCAUAAUGGCCACAGCAUGUGGUACACCAGGCUAUGUAGCACCUGAAGUAUUGGCACAGAAGCCAUAUGGUAAGGCUGUUGAUGUCUGGAGUAUAGGAGUCAUAUCAUACAUUUUGCUGUGUGGAUAUCCUCCAUUUUAUGACGAGAAUGAUGCAAACUUAUUUGCCCAGAUUCUAAAAGGCGAUUUUGAAUUUGAUUCUCCUUAUUGGGAUGAUAUAAGCGAUUCAGCUAAAGAUUUUAUCCGACAUCUUAUGUGUGUUGAUGUAGAAAAGAGAUACACUUGCAAGCAAGCCUUGGCUCAUCCUUGGAUUUCUGGUAAUGCUGCUAGCAAUAAGAACAUUCACGGUACAGUUUCGGAACAACUGAAGAAGAACUUUGCAAAGUCCCGCUGGAAACAAGCCUACCAUGCUACAACAGUCAUUAGACAGAUGCAGAAGAUGAUUUUGAACAGCAGUGGUUCAAGUCGUUCUGCCAGUCAAUCUCAGCCAAAACAAUAGUUGUUUUGGGUUCGAUGCCCACCUAUAAAUUGCCAUGUUACAACGCUGCUUAUGAUAUGUACUUAAUAGUAAGUUUGCUACGCCUCAAUUGGGAUACUAUUUGUCUAACAACCUUUAAAUACCUUGUGUGAUAUCUACUUUUGCAAAUCAGCACUUGUUUAAAAUUAUUUGAGUUCAAUGCCAAAGCACAUUUAUUGUCACCACUUUACAAACUGUGUUACUACUCGAUAACAUAUAACUAGGUACUUUUAAGUGUGCAGUUAAUUCAGUAUCUUACAGAAGGAAAAUUAAUGAUUUGUACAAGACAUUAUGUCUAGUCAGUUAGAUAUGCUUACACAAAAGGGAAGAUGUUUACAUUUUAUGUUAUGAAGCUCAUUUACAAACUAGCUAUUACACAGUUAUAGUUACAUACAUAUAUAUUAUAUUUCAACUAUAGCUUUGAACUACUGUUUAAAGUAUAUAUAUAGUUCUUUAAUAAUGUUGCACUUGGAAUCUCAAAAAUAAUCUGAAUGACAAUUUGUCACUCCAAAACUUUUCAUGACAAUUCAAAGUGAUAAUUUAAAUUUACAUUAUAUCCAUUUGACUGUUGAUAAGAAUAUAUGUAUUUGUUCUUUAAAAAUUAUUCUUAUUCAAUUAAAAAUAAUUAGAUAGGGCAAAAAAGUUCUUAAAGUUACUAAAUAAUAGCUGUUACUUAGCUAUAGUGAUAACAAUCACUCUUAGAAUAGGCCUGUUAAAAUUGAUAAAAAACCUUAACUUAAUCUCCAAAAUAAAAAUAUGAGAUUUUGCUUGUAGAAAUUUCUUGACAAAAUUAUGUAGGUACCUAAAUAAUUUAUAUACCUUGAAUUUUAAGAUGAUCUGAAAUAAUUAACACUUUGUAGAAAUCUUUGGAUAAUUGUUGAAAAAAAUGCACUUGCAUAUUAUCUUAUUACAUUAAAAUUUAAUCCUUGAAGUAGUUGUUCAAAACUUUGUUAAUGACAUAUUUAGCCUAGUGUAAGUUUCUUGCUAAAUUUUAAAAUAAGUCCAUAGUAAUUAAUCCACCAACUUCAAUAAUAGUACUGAUAAUAAUAUUGUAUGUAUUUGCCUUUUCUACUAUUAAUUUUAAUGAUUAUAGUGCCACCCUUAUCUGCAUGGUGGUGUAAUUGACUUGGAAAUCUUGCAUAUAUCAUUUGUUGUAAUAACUUCGUAGCCUUGUUGUUUUAUAGUGGUUGGUACCACAUUACUGAUGCUACUUUUACUGGAUUCUCUCAUUACUUCUUAAACAUUAUAGCUUGCCCUCCUUGUUUAACUAAGAAAGAGAUCUGCUCUAUAUGCAAGACUGAAAGUGUUGGGAAGAGAAAGUAUACUAGACACACGUUUGGCCUAUUAAAGGUUUAGUGUUGAUUCAUAUAAUGAAAUAUAUUUGUGUAUUGUUAAAAAAAUGAGAAAAUUUAGAUCUUUACUGUCUCAAGUGAAACUGACCCCUGGAUGUAUUUCUAUAAUUCUGAAUCUCUAAUAGUCUCUCUAUAUUUUUUUCCAUUCCGUUUGGAAUUUUCUAUUCCUAUGAACUGACUUACUUUAGAUACGAUUUUUAAUUGUCAGAUAAAAGUUAUAAAUAGGAUAAAAUAUAACAAAAAUAUUUGAAAUGCUGAUUUAUUUAAUUUUAUAUAGAAUCUACUUAUAUUUAUGUCUUGGGAUAACUUUUAACUGUUGAUUGAAAAAUCAGCUCUUUAUUCUUCUCCUAACAUUCCAUUAUUGAAGUAUUGAACCUACAUAAAAAUUAAACUUAUGCAGAUCAUUACUCAUAUUUUUUGUUAACAUUAACAAUUAUAAUUGCCCUUUUUUGAAAAUUUGAAUUGAUUUUAAACAUUCCAUCUAGAAUGUAAGCGUAGGUUCUAUACUUUAAGCUGUAAUUUCUGAUAAAUAGACAUACUGUUGUAUCCUUGAAAUAAUUAUCAAUUUCAGUUCCGUCCAUUUUUUGUUUGUUUUAAAUGAAUAGCCCCAGUUCAUGCAGAUGUUAUGCUGCAAGUAUUUCAAACAUCAUUAUGUACUUAAUGAAAGGGAAUUCAAAGUUACUAAUAUCAUGAAAUUUCUGGCUUUGAACAUUGUAUCAUAACUACUUUUCCUCUAAAUAUCACUCAUGAGAGUGAAGGUAUGUGUAGGAUUUAAUUUAUGUCUUAUUAAAUGCUUUGUGAAACAUAAUAUUGAUCGCCAUAAUAAAAUAAAUAUAUUGCUUUAUUAAUAAGUAUUGCACUGCUUAAGUCUUAAUAUUUUAAGUAGUUUUGAAUAAGACGCGCCUGCCUUAAUAACUUGUGUAACUAUAGUGGUUCUGUCUUCUCCAUGUCGUAGUUACUGUAAUUAUAAGAUCAAUGUUUAGCUUUUAUAGAUAUCACUGAUUAAUGCAUUGUCUAAUAUCAAUUAUGGGAUUAUUCUAUUAUGAGUUGAAAACAUAUUUAAAAAUAUUUUGAUAGUAUUUGUUCAACGCAACUUAAAGAUCAGUAAUGAUUUGAAAAACGAAUUUAAAAGUGCCAUCAAUGUUAAUUUUAACUCAAGUUUGUCUGGUUCCAUCGUUAUAAAAGUUAUCGCACAAUACUUACUAACAAACAGAUAUAAUGUACCAACCAAAAAACAUAUUUUUUUAACAAUUGUGGCAAUAGAUUGUUUUUCAAUAGGUUUAUCAGCUGUUGCCGAUGUUUGUUUUCAUUGUUAGCACAAAACAUUAGCGGAAGAUUUAAAUAUACGAAGGAGGCUUUGGUCCGUUAUUUCUUGUUAGAGAUAAAUAAUUUUGCUCUCUAAAAACUAUCUUGGUGAACGUUGUAUAGUUGUGUUUCGCUGUGCCAAAAAUCAUAUCGUACUCGGUGAUAAUUAUAUAAAAUAUAUUACACGUUUUAGAAUAUUGUUCAAUACAUAAAAAAACUAAUAUUUCUCUUUCAAUUUUAAUUCGGUUGUUUCAGAAGUACCUACUAAUUACUUACCAAGAUGUUCCUUAUUCAUACCUAUUUGUUUAUUAAUAUACUUAAUAUACAUAAAUAAAAUGAGAUUAACUCAUAAGAAGCUAUUUUUCGAGGGCUAUUGAGUAUGUUUCAAAUAUGUACUUUUUUUAGUUUUUACUGUUAAGCACAAUAGUGUAGGGGAUGGGAUAUAAAAUCAACAAGUUUAUUUUUAUUGCAAUAUUGUAUGUUUUGUUUUUUGUUUUCUUGAACUUUGUCAUGUAGUUUAUUCUCUUUACAAAAUGUAUGGUCUAAAGAUCUGAAUAGUAAUGAGGAAACUAUCUUGUGAUUUAGAUUUUAUACUUCUUGUUUAAAACAAUCAAAAUUUAUUAGUAGUCUAUUAGAUGUUAGCUAUAUUUUCAAUGUCAUUGUAAAUAAAAAGCCAACUUGUUGAGAAUUACUUUUCAUUGU